AACAUAACUUCUGUCCAUAAUAAGAUUAUCAAACCAACGAACACCAAAAUGCCCCCUCCAACCGACCGCAAACAGAUUCUCGAAGCACUCCGCAAGGUGAUAGACAGCGGGUCUGCCAUCGUCGGUGCAGGGGCCGGAAUCGGUCUCUCCGCCAAGUCUGUCGAAAAUGGCGGCUGCGACCUCAUAAUCAUCUACAACUCAGGCCGAUUCCGAAUGGCUGGCCAUGGCUCCCUGGCUGGAUUGAUGCCGUAUUCAGAUGCGAAUCAAGUCGUGCUUGAAAUGGCAAACGAAAUCCUCCCAAUAGUAACAAAAACCCCCGUCCUAGCCGGCGUCUGCGGCACAGAUCCCUUCCGCUCCAUGCCCCAAUUUCUAUCCCACCUGAAAAGAAUCGGGUUCUCAGGCGUCCAGAAUUUCCCAACGGUCGGCUUGAUUGAUGGGACAUUUCGGCAGAAUCUCGAAGAGACUAAUAUGGGGUAUGAUAAGGAGGUGGAGAUGAUUCGGAUCGCGCAUGAGCUGGGGUUCCUGACGACGCCUUACGUGUUUAAUGUUGAGGAGGCUGAGAAGAUGGCCAAGGCCGGUGCGGAUGUCGUUGUUGCGCAUAUGGGGCUUACAACGUCUGGGACUAUUGGGGCCAGGACCGCCUUGUCCUUGCAGGAUUGUGUGGGUGUCGUGCAGGGUAUUCGGGAUGCCGCUGUUAAGGUCAAUCCGGACAUUAUUGUGCUUUGUCAUGGGGGUCCUAUUGCGGCGCCGGAGGAUGCGGAGUUCAUUCUCAGUCGGACGAAGGGGGUUCAUGGCUUCUUUGGAGCGAGCAGUAUGGAGAGGUUGCCUGUCGAGGUGGCCAUCAAGGAAAAUGCCGAGGCUUUUAAGCGGUUAAAAAUCACCAAGGCCUAA